UGCGUUGGUCUUAAUUGUGUUUGCAUCGUUAGACUAACGCACUUUGUCAGUUGAUAGUUUUCCGCAGUAAACAAAGGGGGAGUGAAAUAUCCGCGCUACUAAAGAUAGAGAACCAUAUACUAGUAUCAAUCAGUCAACCUAAACGCGGGAAACAUCAUGUAUUCUCGAAAAAGUUUUCACCUUUCUGUUCUGAGUUCAUCUCUACUUCUUGCUCUGAUAUUUAUUACAGCACAUGGAACAAGUGACGGAGGGUGUACAAGGAUCGAUCUUAUUGCUGGUGUUGUUAGGAACUUGACAUCUCCGAAUUACCCUACCUACUACGCAAACGAUCUAACACUUAACUGGUGUGUACAAGCACCAUCCUCACAAAGAAUCCUCGUCACGUUUAUUAAUUUCAGCACUGAAAUCGGAGACAUUCUCACCAUUAAAGAAGAAAAAUAUCGUUUCAUUUCAUUGAAAUACAUUGGGAACAAAGAGAUUCCACCUAUUCACUCCUUCGGCAACCGCCUUUUCAUUUCCUUCAAGUCUGAUGAAUCCGGUUCUGGUAUGGGAUUUGUUCUGUCACUCUCUUCGGUGAUUCAAACUGGGCCAAAAUCUACUGUAGCAUUUGAAGGGUCAGACCACAUCAGAAUCCUCAAUCGAACAAUGUGCAAUGAAAAGUGGGACAUCGAUGUUGCAGACACUAUUUGUAGAGAGGCAGGUUUUCCAGGAUCAUACGAAACAUCAUGGGGUGGUGAUUCUACUACAAUGUCAAAUGGAACAAGCUAUACAUGUAAUGAAAACACUCAUCAUCUUGAGGAUUGUAAUUCUUCGACAUCCCUGUGUUCGAACACUUUCAACUCGGUGAUUGUGACCUGCAAAGUUCUCAAUGAGCUUGGAUGUUUUAACCUUACGGAAUACACUGGUCUGAUGUCAAGAAGUGAACAGCUUGGAAGGGACCAGUGUUUUACCCACUGCAGGACGCUAUCUACUCCACAAUAUGCUGUGCAUCGAAACAGAUCCGACUGCACAUGUAUCACUCAAACUAAACUUAAUGUCUCCAGACUUAUUCAAAGUCGUGAUGUUUGUAGAAAUAACAUGAAACGAAUUGAGUACUGGGCCUAUCUUUUCAAUGCAACUAACGGUUUCUGUGGCGAUCCCCCUAAAAUCGCCGACGGAUCUUGGUACUACACAAUGAAUGGAUUCCUAUACGGCACAACGAUCACCGCUAAGUGUGAUGAAAAUUACGAGCUUAUUGAUGGAGAUGGGAGGAUGAGAUGUGAGGAGAGCCCUACAACUCAAGAUUUUGAAUGGCAUGGAACCAUUCCAUCAUGCCGAAUGAAGAAUACUGGUACAACUCCUGAUGGUUCAUUGUCAGUAUCUGCAACGGCAAGUAUGUUCACCGAGCCAACGUCUAACAUGAUGAAUGGUGCUGCACAUUCAACCUGUGUGAUGCCAUUGAUGAUCAAUGCCAAGAUUGGGAAAUAAUCCGUUCAAUUCAAGGUAUCUUUGCCAGCUGUGCCCUUUCACAACGAAAGGAGAGUCACGUGGACGACCUAGAAGAUCAGAAUCCCACAAUCCAGAAGAAACGUCAAGAUUCAAUCCAGCUUUCUGGAUCCCCUUUCCUACAGAAGUCAUCGAAAACGAAUACGAAUGUAGCAUAAAGACGGAACAUCGGUCUGAACAUCCUGUGACCAUAGAUCCGCCAGUGAUAAUCCGACGAAAUCAAUCUUCUCCCUCCGACUUGACAAGUUUCGGUUCUCCAAAUUCUACCAGUGACGCCCCAAGUCAGGAAGCUUCAGAUGUGGAGGAAAAUGACCAGUCCAUCUCUGACUCAGCGAUUUCUAACACGAAUGCUCUUCCGUCGAUGCAGGCUAGACCAGGGUUAGUUGAGGCAAGCGCUCACGUGCGUUUUGUAAACGCUCGACCUCUCCCUGACCGACCAGUAAGCGAAGAUCGUCCUUACGCUGAACUUGACACCGAGGAUGACCGUGCGAAUGAAUUGCCACCUACCAGGAAAGUACAAAGCUAUCAGGAUCCUCUAUCUCUUUGGGCAAGUGAUCCGAAUCUUUUCAGAAGAUCAUCUGUUGUUGAACCCCAUCCAAAUGAGGUUCCUCCCUUAACAGUAGGUGUCGAUGUUUGUGCCAGGGUGGUCCAAACUGGACCUGAGCAAACUGAAAUUCCCGAUGAGGUGAUUUCUGAAGGUUCAGUUGAUGAUCAUAGUACGCAUGAGUAUGAAUAUGCAUCCAUCCCAGGCGAUCAUUCUUUGAUGAGGUCUCUAAAGGGGAGAGGAGCUCAGAGUCAAUUAUCAUGCUCUGACAAGAAGUACUACUCAAUCCAAGGCCCGCUCCUUCAAGGUGAAAGCAAGGAUGCCCAGGCUGGUGAACACGGGGGUGAACAUUGUUAUCCUUUUACAGGAGAACCGCCAUCACAAGGUCCAUAUUAUUAUGCAUUGGAACCUGAAGGCGAUGGUAUGAUUCCAAAUCCAUUGUACACACCCCUGGAAUCGUAUAUAGUUUCAUCACUUUCCUAACCAUGCUUUUACUGAUCGUUAUGAUACUUCUUUUCAAACUAGUGACGCUGGAAAUGUCCGUAAAUACUGAAGCAAAACAGAGUUAAUAAUUUUUUUAAGGGGCGUCAUCGGGGUAUUUUGAAGGGGGGGGCAAGACGAAUAUUUUCAUUGGGUAAUUUUAAUUAGUUUAUUGCUUUUCCGAUGAUACAUGCAAAAUUCAUGCACGAAAUCACAAUUUCUGGUCUAAAAAAAAGUAAACGUCCAUAUAUGCCACUUGUAGGCAAAUAUUGCCUGUUUUUUAUACGGUAUCAAACAUCUUUUAUGUCCUUUGCUCACACUAUAAAAUUAAAAUGACUGAAAUACCAAAAUUAUCGCUAUUUAUCACUGCAUUUGUUAUGUACGCUCAAAGAACUAUAAUGACAAUGCUUUAUUUAUAAUACUUCAUUCAUGACAUUGGUUUAAUAAAAAUUAAGACGGAUAUUUAUUUAUUUGUGAACCAGAUUGGAGUACUAUGCAAUCUUAUUUGCAUUCUCGUCGUGCGUCUCAUGUUUCAAUGAUCCAAGAUAUUUAUGUAGAAAUGUAUAAGUUGAUUUUUAGAGAGAUUUGCAUCCGAAGAAAAAAAAAUCAUUGGAGGAAAAAUUAUCUAUGGUGUCUACUCUGAAUUAAGUCAUUGGUUAGUGUCAACGAUGACCGUACUGAUAUACGACCAGCACUUGCGACCAUAAAACUUUUGCUAAAAUUGGAAUUUGGUCGUGUAAGAAUAGGGAUUCCAGCUUCACCAUCUUGUUACAGGGCCCUCAUUACUUUUUUAAAAGGAUAUUUUUCUUGUUGUUAUCAUUUUGUUCAGAAUGCCUUCUUGGUAAAACUUUAGCUUAUUAUACUAAAUGAAAUGUUACAUGGUU